CAAAGAGAGAUAGGUGACAUGCGAUAACGUAGAAUCUAUAUCUGUAUAUAAUAUCUGUAUUCUGUUUUUGAAAAGUAGAAAUGAUAAACUUGAAAUAUUGAGAAAAAAAAAAUAAAUAAAUAAAAAAAAGAAAAAAAAAAAAGAAAAAAAAAAGUCCAACCGUACAAUUCAGCUAACAGAUAAACAUCCUUCAACUUUUAUUAUGAUCUAAAAGAAUUUAACUUUAGUAUUGAAUAUACCGCGCGAGGAUUCAUGGCUGGCUUACGUCGUUUAAACGUCAGGUCGUAGUAAACUAUAAUGAAUCCUGAUUUGUUGACGAAUGUAAUAUCCGAAUCCACCCCAAGUUCGCCAGAAAUGGAUCUCACUAUAAAUCCAGAAAGGCAGAGAUUUCCCUUUUGCAUUGUAUGGACUCCAUUGCCUAUUAUAACUUAUUUAAUACCAUUUAUUGGUCAUAUGGGAAUUUGUACAUCGACUGGUGUAAUCAGGGAUUUUGCUGGUCCUUAUCAUGUAGCUGAAGAUCAUAUGGCAUUUGGUAAACCCAUUAAAUAUUGGCAACUUCAAUAUACAAAAGCGAAAGGUGGUGUGCAAGGAUGGGAUAUGGCUGUAUCAGAGGCCAGUGAAAUUUAUAAAACCAGGAUGCAUAAUUUAUUCUUCGAUAAUUGUCACUCACAUGUGGCAAAAGCUUUAAACUUAAUGGCUUAUGAUAAUUCUACAAACUGGAACAUGGUAAAACUAGCAGCUUUUAUUUUGGUUAAAGGAAAAUAUGUAAAUUUUUAUGGUUUUCUCAAAAAUUGGUUGCCAUUUUUUAUACUUGUCAUCAUUAUAAUGAUUCUUGAUAUGGUUUUUAAUUUAUAAUUUAUAUUUAUAAUUAUAAUUGCAAUAACAUUGAUAAAUAACAAUAAAUGUUAGUAAUUUUGUUAUAUAUAGAAUUUUAUAGGAAUGCCAUAAUUGUGAAUAAGGAUUUGUAAUUCUUUUAUUACAUUUUUUAGUACACUCGCAAGUAAUUAAUAUCAAACUACAAAAAAGUAUAUGUGUAAAUAUGUAUGUAUAAUAUUUAUUUCUGAAAAAGUUUUAUGGCUGCAGUAAGUUAAAUACUAAAAUGUUAAUACUUAACACUUUUCUCAAAAUAUUCCUUUUUAUCUAAUAUUACGGUUAAUAAUUAAAUUCUUUGCAACAAGCUAAUAGUUUAUUUUAAAAUAAUUUUUUAAUAUUUUAUAUGUAUUUGAUUACAUUAAGUAAUGGCAUUUAAUCAUCAUCAACAAUGAUAAAUAUACAACUUGUAAACAAUAUUUACAAUGACACACAUGCUGUUUAUAUAACUAUUAAAUAUCAAGAAUAUGUCCUUGUGCACAGUUUGUGUCAUGUAUCUGCCUACAAGUUUCUUCCUGAGCACGUAAGGAAAUAUAAGUAUCAUUAUACAUUGCAAGCUUGGCAGCAGAAAUAUGGUUUAAACAUACGAUUAAUAUGUUAAUACUUUUUUUGUCAACAAUUUGCUAAGAUAUACAUUGUCACUAAUUAAAACUAUUUUAAUUAUAUUUAAUAGAGCCAUA